AUGACGGACGAUUGUUCGAUGGAGCCUCUGGAGCACCUCAGUGCCGCAGCGUAUCUCAAUCUUGCCCUGUACGACACCGAUCACAGGGAUGGAGAUUGGGCUGAUGCCCUGAUGCCCACCACUCUAUACCUCGACAUCAUGCACAUGAUCAAGAACGCGUACUUUUGUGUUGCCAAGGCGCAGGUCGACAUCCCCGAUUCCGAGUUCUUCCUCAUUCUCCUCAGUACGGAUCGCCUUACGCACCAUGGUAGGCAACGACGCCAACCUGGAUUUACUGCAGCUUCACUGCGAGUCUGCGCCUCACCGGCACUACAACGAUCGCAAACAUUCUCACGAAAUAUCCCGAAUGGGAUAAAGGACCACGAUGCCUCCGCCAGGCUUCCAUUCAUAUCAAAAGACUCUUCAACAAAUCCCACCAGUGCGGAUCACAUAAACCCUUGUUUAUGGCGCGGUUGUCUCUUUGUCGCACUCGUGAACCUUGUUACUUCCUGGAAACGCGGACAUCAGAUGGUCGAGGAACGGUCUCAUUCAUUGCACCAGCAUUGUGUUCCGCUGUUCAAGAUUCCCCUCGCAGACGAUGAUUGUGAAGACGACGAUGGAGCUGAAUUCUGCGCGUCUUCUGCCACCAAUCUGACACCCCCGGAGGAUAGUGCUCUAGGUGGGCUGCGAGAUCUGGAGGACGCAGAGAUAGACGCAGAGUGGAACAAUGCCCCACUGGCACGGGCUUUCUCAAAGGUGAUCGAGAUCGACGGAAAGCCUGUGAAUAAAGCUCGUGCAUUGGCUCAACGAUUCUUGUACCAGAAGACAACGAGCUCAGCAGAUCGACUCCGGCGAGUUGCCCAGACGGGACGGUAUGAACCGUCCUCAGCGCUCGCGAAUGAGGAAGAGCAACCCGACGAGCCUUUUCUGUCCAUAUUCGAUCCCGUUGCGUCACUACUGGUCUGGGAGCAGAAAGUGUCCCUCUGCAUCGGUGCAGUCAAUGGUUUAACGGUAGACACCCAGUCCUGGGAACGAGUCGCGAUACACCUACUUCCCGAAAUGACCGCUCGAGACUCGUUUCAGGUCCUCCAUCUCCUACCCACAUCCACAAGAGAUCAUACCGAGAGGAACGACUGGCGCUCUGCUCGACAACUACCAGCCUACAGAUUUGUAGGAGUCCCUGGGCUCCUAAUUUAUCCCAUGAACCCAUUCAUAUCGGUGUCUGACACGGGCUCUCCGCGUCUUCUAUUGGAUAGCAAUUCACUUCGCACGCUCACCUCCACCCUUCGAGACCGACUCGCCCGUGCUCAUGUCCGACUGAUACCAAAAGCAAAGGCGAGUUUGGAGUUCCCGUACAGAGAGGCAUCAGGAACGGCGUGUUUCCUCGCUGAGGAGAGUACAGGCGUGCAGGACUUGAUUCCCCACACUUGUUCACGGUGCUCAUACGUGUUCGACAUGGCACUGCCCCAAGAAAUCAUCGGAAAUGUCUCCAGCCAUCUACUUCAGGAUGAUAUGCUCGAUCAGUCACUCGAGCCGUGUCGCCUCUGCCUUCGUCCAGCAGUUAUAUGCCGGUAUCACCUUCGGAAGACGAAGGGGCGGAAGGGAAACUUUGCGGUCAUCGAGAAGGGAAACACAUGUCCGAACUACGUUAUGUUCCCACAUGCUGUGGCAUCGACGUCAAAGCUUUCCUCUCCAUGCUCGAAUGUCCCUCUCAUAUGCGAAAUAUGCGGAGAAGGAAGCCCCGCGGUGUGGCGCUACAACCUACGAGCACACUUCAAGAAGAAUCAUCCCGCCAGCCUCGAAGUCCCCCAGUUUGUGGCACUAUGGACACUCACAGAGUUCGAGGAGAUGCAGCUCAAGGAUGUAUGGGACGAACGUGACGCGAAGAAGACAGUGAAGAAGGGAAAGAAAUCGGCCGCACCUCCCCUGCUGAUUUCUGAGGCGCACAGUGCACGCGCUACUUUACAGUAA